AUGCCAGCUCCCAAGAGAAGGAAGGGGGGUAUUCAGCAGAGGCGGGCUGCUGAUCGUGACGAAACGACAGGCCAAAGUGCUUUGCAUGAGCUCCUCAUGACCUAUCUGGCCCAGGGCAUUUUGUCGGCUUCGAUGUGCUGGAAUAUUUCAAGGGCAGCAGCAGAAGACGUGAAACGAGCCGGCGAUGGCAUUUCGUUUCCGGAUUUGGAGCAUUUGGCAAGCUUCAAAUCAGCGAAGAACGUGCAGAGGGGCAUCGAUGGGUUGUUAGCUAAGCAAGCUUCUUGGCCGAUGCCCACGGAGGUGGACAUUCCUAUGCAAGGGACAAAUGCCAACAAGGCAUCCUCCUAUGUCAUGCUUCCACACGAAACGUUUGUUGCCCUUUACAAUAGCACUAAAGGCUGGGCCUCAUCGAUCUUGCCGGAUCCUUCGAAGCUGACUGCCUUCUGGGACACGUUUUCCGGACACCCAUCGAUGAUGGACCAUCCUAUAUCGAAAAGGGGGGACCGGGACCAUGCAAUCCCCUUCAGCCUCCACGGCGACGAGGUGCCGAUAACGGGUAUCGGCAAGAUCUGGAGCAGGGCUGCCCUCUGUUUCUCCAUGAGCAGUCUCAUGGCAGUUGCAGGAGGCAGGAGUGCUGCGGAAUCCAGCCUCUACAUAUGGGGCGUUUUCGAAAAGUUCAUACUCCCCACAGACGGUGUGAUUCUGGGUACCAUGGAUACUUUUUGGAUGUUGAUGAAGUGGUCAUUUGAAAUCCUCAUGUCCGGAAAAUGGCCUUCAAAGAACUGGAAAGGCGAAAAGUACAAGCCGGGCACUCCAGAGUUUCGGCGAGCAGGUUCCUUUCUUUGCGAUGGCUACUACGGUGUGCUGGUGCAAGCUGCCGGGGAUUUAGACUAUUACUGCAAAUGGCUUGGUUGUCCCAACUACGGUAGCCAUGCAAAGUGUUGCCCGCUGUGCCGGUGCACUUACAAAGGACAAACCUCCUGGCUGGACAACCGCAAAGAGUCCAAAUGGCAGAAAACCCUGGUAACAGUCAAAAACUGGAGGACACACUGGGACCCAAGCUGCCUUCUGUUUGGACUGGGUGGCUUCACCUCUUUAUGCAUUGCCAUGGAUUUCAUGCAUUGUAUGCAUCUAGGGUGGAUGCAGUUUUUCUUCGCCAGUGCUUUACUUUUGCUUAUGGAAGACUGUUUGGAAGGCACUGAUGUGGAAAAACUCCGGCAAAUCCAGCAGUACAUCUAUCAUUUCCAAAAGGAGACAAACACCAGAUACCGCUUCAAGCAGAAGCUCCUGAAAAUGACCAUGGUGAAACCCAAAAAGGGCUUUCCUAAAUUGCGAGGACGUGCUGCAGACAUCCACAGCCUUGCCGGUGCGAUUGAAAGCUUGUUCGCCCAUCACAUGGAUGAAGCAGAUCCAAACCAUGGUCGCAUCAAAUUGGUGCUGAGCUUGAACAGGGAACUGUCAGACUUGCUAGACGAGUAUGGCCCAAGAUACGGCUUCACAGCUCUUCCUGACCAGCAGGCGAAGCGAGCCUACAGCAUCGGGCUAGAAAUGGCUCAAGUGCAC